AUGGUCUCUGUCAUAAUGCUCAACUCUCCAGUUCCUGUCCGAUUUCUGGUCGGCUAUCUUUUGUUUGAUCCGUGAAUUAUCCACUCUCUUGUAGAUUCUGAUAUGUGCCACAUUAUGUCUCACUUCCAUCCUGUCCAACAUGAAUACGUACAAUUUCACGAAAAUUUGUAUGCAAGACGAUAACAGCACGGCCAAAGGUGAGUUCGAUAAAGAGCGGCGAGAGCAUGUGGUGUGAAGUUGCAGUGACCUACACAAAGUCCCAGUCGAACUUCCUGCAGUCAUGCGUCGCCAUCGGCAGUCUCGCGGCUUCCAUUCCGUUUUCCGUCGCAUUCCAGUAUCUCCCUCAUAAACCCGUUUUCAUUCUCGCCGGAAUAAUUUCUGGAGGUACCGUACUCUUUGCAUCCCCGAGAAAUUUCCCCCAGUUUUCCAGUUUCCACGGCCCUGGUCCCUUUGGCCAGCUCGCUGGGAUUCGGAUGGUUCGUAACAGCGCGCAUCUUUCAAGGAAUGGCCUUCUCGGCAACUUUCCCAUUGGCCGGAAGCAUAACUUCGAGAUGGGCCACUCCUCACGAGCACGGAGUAUUCAUCGGACUUCUGACGGGCAACACUCAACUCGCGAACAUCUUCACGAUGCCAGUCUCCGGAUGGCUCUGCUCUUCUUCCGCCGGAUGGACUUCUGUUUAUUACGUGCAUGCGGGCGUUUCCCUGCUCACUUUCACUCUCUUCUUCCUCUUUUUUCGUGUUUCUCCGAACGAACACAGUUGGGUAAGUGAGAAGGAACUGGAGAAGAUCGGAAUGAAGAAGCAGGUGAGUGGAGAAGCAAAGAGAGAAUCAGAAGGAAUCCGUUUAUAGCUUGCCCGUCCAAGAGAUCUUCCAUUCCGUCAUAUUCUGACAAGUUUAUCCCUUUGGGCCUGUUGGAUCGCAUCAUUCGGAGACCUGAUCACAGUUCAGUUGGUUUCUCAGUUCAAUCCUCAGUACAUGAAGAACUAUCUCAACUAUGACGUGCUUUCCUCUGGAUUUCUCGCAGCUCUUCCCAUCAUUUUUCAGUUCAUCAUCAAACUUUGUUCAGGAAUCAGCAGUGACAUGAUUACGUGGGAGGAAGCACUGAAACUAACCCUCAUAUAAUCAUUUUUCAGGGGGAUCUCAGAAACAUGGAAAACUAAGAUAUUCAACACGAUUGCACUCGCCGUCGCCGCCGGAUUCUUCAUCAUUCUCGCCUUCAUUCCCAGAGACAAACACUUGCUUGCCAUCGUUGUCAUGGUACUUUUGGGCUCCAUGAAUUGACUCCGUCCAUUUCCUGUUUAGAUCUGCGCUGAAAGUGUAAUGGGCUGCAACACUGCCGGAUUCAACAAGUGUGCCACCCUCCAUUCCCAACAAUACGCCUACUUUUCAAUGCAACAAGUAUUCCCAUCGUGUUCACUCUGUCCUCCACAUUCCAUUUCAGAUCAUGAACAUCUGGGCGUGCACAAUAUUCAUCGAGCCAUUCUUUGUCAAUAUGAUUGUCACUGACAACACGUGAGUCCCUUCUCCAUCUUCCCCGAUCCUUCUCUUCCAGUUUCAUCGACUGGCGCAACUGUUUCCUCGCCCACGCGGUCCUUCUCCUCUCUGUCAACGCCAUCUUCUGUCUGUUCGCCGACGCGUCUCCCGCCAGCUGGACCCUCCAGAAAAACGAAAGCGAGAAGGAGCGUUACGAGUCGGUGGUGGACACAAAACUCUAG